AUGAAGUUUUUAAUACCUUUAUUAUCUUUAAUUUCAAUUUCAUUUGCUUUAUUUGAAGAUACAACACCACCUAUUGAAAUUAGUGGUAAUAAAUUUUUCUAUUCAAAUAAUGGUUCUCAAUUUUUAAUGAGAGGUAUUGCUUAUCAAGAAGAGACUGCUCAAGCUGUAAAUUCCGCAUUAGGUUAUAAAGAUCCAUUAGCUAAUAUUACUGAAUGUCAAAGAGAUAUUCGAUAUUUUAGAGAAACUAAUACCAAUUGUUUAAGAGUUUAUGCAAUUGAUCCAACUGCUGAUCAUGAAGAAUGUAUGCAAGCUAUGAGUGAAGCUGGUAUUUAUAUAAUUGCUGAUUUAUCAGAACCUACAGUUUCAAUUAAUAGAAAUAAUCCAGAAUGGAAUUUAGAUUUAUUUGAUAGAUAUAAAGCUGUUGUUGAUGAUUUACAACAAUAUUCAAAUGUUUUAGGAUUUUUUGCAGGUAAUGAAGUUACCAAUAAUAGAUCAAAUACUGAUGCUUCACCAUUUGUUAAAGCUGCAGUUAGAGAUAUUAAAAAAUAUAUUGAAGACCAAGAUUAUAGACAAAUUCCUGUUGGUUAUUCUUCAAAUGAUGAUGAAGAUACAAGAAUUGCAAUUGCAAAUUAUUUUGCUUGUGGGUCAGUUGAAGAUAGAGCUGAUUUUUUUGGUAUUAAUAUGUAUGAAUGGUGUGGUGAAUCAACUUUUAGAGUUAGUGGUUAUGCUGAUAGAACUGAAGAAUUUAGUAAUUUAACUAUUCCAAUAUUUUUUUCAGAAUAUGGUUGUAAUAUUAAUCGUCCAAGAUUAUUUCAAGAAGUUGGAACUUUAUAUUCUGAUGAUAUGACUGACAUUUGGUCUGGUGGUAUUGUUUAUAUGUAUUGGGAAGAAGCUAAUGAAUAUGGUUUAGUUGAAUUAAAUUCAAAUGGUGAAAUUGUAACAAAUGAUGAUUAUGAUAAUUAUAGAUCAGAAAUUAAUAAUAUUUCACCAAAUUAUGCAACAAGAUCAGAAGUUGAAACUACUACUUUAACAUGUCCAGGUUCUUCAGAAUCAACUUGGAGAGCUGCAGUUGAUUUACCUCCAACACCAGAUGAAGCUUAUUGUGAAUGUCAUUCAAGAUCAUUUGAUUGUGUUGUUAAUGAAGAUUUAGAAGCUGAAGAUUAUGGUGAAUUAUAUGGUUUAGUUUGUGCAGAAAUUGAUUGUUCCGAUAUUUCAGUUGAUGGUACAACUGGUGAUUAUGGUGAUUAUAGUUUUUGUUCAGAUAGAGAUAAAUUAAGUUACGUAUUAAAUUUAUAUUUCCAUGAUCAAGGUGGAAGAGUUGAUGCUUGUGAUUUUGAUGGUAAAGCUUCUUUAAAUGCGGAUGCUCAAAGUUCAUCAUCUUGUGGUUUAGGUUCAAGUAGGCAAGCUGCAGCAACAAGAACUGGUUCUUCAAGUGGUACUUCAACAUCAACUGAAACUUCAGAAGGGUCCAAUUCAAGUGAAUCAAAUAAAGUAA